CAAGGCGCCGCCGCUAAGCGUCAACAACAACAAGGUGUUCUUCACAAAAGUGAAAACAUAUCUUGAGUUUCUUGAACACUUGAAUUCAAAUUAAUUUUGAUUUUAAGGUCCAUAAGGCGCAUAGAACCUCAAACCUCUACAAAGUUGCAACAUAUAAGUUAAAAUGGGAGUUCCAGCAUUUUUCCGGUGGCUGUCUCGGAAGUAUCCUUCUGUCAUUGUUCCUUGUAUAGAAGAGAAAGGAAAAGAUUUCGAUGGAAAUAUCAAAACAGUUGACUCAUCAGAACCAAAUCCAAAUGGUGUGGAAUUUGACAAUUUGUACUUAGACAUGAAUGGUAUCAUUCACCCUUGUACCCAUCCUGAAGAUAGACCUGCCCCUAAAAAUGAAGACGAAAUGAUGGUGGCAAUAUUUGAAUGCAUUGAUCGCUUAAUGAGAAUUGUCAGACCAAGGAAGGUCUUGUACAUGGCUAUUGAUGGUGUUGCACCCAGAGCCAAAAUGAACCAACAAAGAUCAAGAAGAUUUAGAGCAUCAAAAGAAACUGCUGAAAAAAUAGCCGAGGUAGCAAGAAUUCGAGCUGAGUUGGCUGAAAAGGGUGCUUAUCUUCCCCCUGAAAAGCCAAAGGGAGAUCAUUUUGACAGUAAUUGUAUCACUCCGGGUACACCUUUCAUGGCUCGUCUUUCUGCUUGUCUGCAUUAUUAUAUUCAUGCUCGACUCAAUAGUGACCCAGGCUGGAAAAAUAUUAAGGUUAUUCUAUCAGAUGCUAAUGUACCUGGUGAGGGUGAGCACAAAAUCAUGGACUACAUUAGGAAGCAACGAGCUCAACCCAAUCAUGAUCCAAAUACUCAACAUGUCCUUUGUGGAGCAGAUGCUGAUCUAAUCAUGUUGGGUCUUGCAACUCACGAACCAAACUUUACUAUUAUCAGGGAAGAAUUCAAACCAAACAAGCCAAGGCCAUGUGAUAUCUGUGGACAAGUGGGUCAUGAAAUGAAGGAGUGUACAGGUGCAGAGCCAAGUGCAGCUGACACAGGUCCUUCGUAUGGAAGUGAACAAGAAUUCAUAUUUGUUCGCUUGUGCGUUCUUCGUGAAUAUCUGGAAAGGGAAUUGGCCAUGCCCAACUUGCCUUUCCGAUAUGACUUUGAGAGAGCUGUUGAUGAUUGGGUUUUUAUGUGUUUCUUUGUGGGCAAUGAUUUCUUGCCACAUCUCCCAUCUCUUGAAAUCAGGGAAGGUGCAAUAGAUCGAUUGGUCAACUUGUACAAGAAAACUGUUUACAAGACUAAUGGUUGGCUUACAAACAGUGGUGAGGUUUAUUUGGACCGAGUGCAAUUAAUAAUGGCAGAUUUAGGUGAUGUAGAAGAUGAAAUAUUCAAGAAACGCCAACAAGAUGAAAUUGCGUUCAAGCAAAGAAUGAAGGCUAAAAAUCAGCGAAUGAAACGCAUGCGCGACUUUAAGCCUCAGUGGGUGCCAAGUGGACAGUUUGCACCUCAGCCAUUAGGAAGGGGUGCCUCUGUUGCUCCUGUUCAAAAUGCGAGGAUGGAAGCAUUCCAAAUGAGGCGCCAAGGAAUGGCUACUGAUAGUACCGUUGGAAGGCAGCUAGCGAAUUCAGAUGCUAAUGCAGGACUUCAGGCUCUUAUGACACCUAUGGGGGGGUCGUCAGGGGAUCAAAGACCAGAAAAGAGAAAGAGAGAAGAUGAGGAGGAAGAAGAUGAGAAUCCUAAUGAUGAAGUUAGAUUGUGGGAAGAUGGUUUCAAGGAUAGAUAUUAUGAGUCAAAAUUUGAUGUUGGUAAAGAAAAUAUUGAAUUCAGGUAUAAAAUUGGACACCACUAUGUUCGUGGUCUUUGUUGGGUUUUGCAGUAUUAUUACCAGGGAUGUGCAUCUUGGGAUUGGUACUUUCCGUACCAUUAUGCACCCUUUGCAUCUGAUUUUGUGAAUGUUGCUGAAGUACCUCAGAAAUUUGAUAAGAACACACAGCCAUUCAAACCAUUAGAGCAGCUUAUGGGUGUAUUUCCUGCAGCCAGUAGAAGCCACGUACCUGAACCAUGGGGCCGCUUGAUGAUAGAUCCUGAUUCUCCCAUUAUUGAUUUCUAUCCCGAUGAUUUCAAAAUUGAUUUAAAUGGGAAAAAGUUUGCUUGGCAGGGUGUGGCACUGCUUCCAUUUGUGGAUGAAAAAAGAUUAUGGAAAGCAUUGGAAGAAUACUAUCCUCUGCUCACCCCGGCUGAACUCAAGCGAAAUGUGAGGGGUGAUGAUAGACUCUAUUUACCUAAAGGAAAUUCUUCCUUCAAACAUCUGACUGGCUUGUAUAACAAUUCAAUUGAUCCUGAAGUUGAAACAGAUGUGGAAAUUGAAGGCAUGCAGGGUAGAGUGCUUUUGGCAGAAGAAAACGUCAGACAGGGUGGGUCUUUGGAGUCACCCGUGAUGGGUCUUCCUGUGCUCCGUGACAAUUCUGUUGUGCAUGUUCGUUUUCGAGAUCCGAAGUAUGGUGAAGAUUAUGUGUUCCCUGCGACACGUCUGCGUGGAGCUGUGGAACCCCCUCGCGUUUUGAAACCUGGUGACGAACAUCAAGGACAUCGCAGUUGGAAACCUCAAAUAGGAAUGGCACCUGCAAGGCAUCAAGCAUCAUUAAUGGAUGCUGGUCAUAGAAUGCUUGGUCAUCAUGUACCAAGGGGAGGAAGAGGAGGAGGGGGAGGAGGAGGUGGUGGUGGUGGACAUUACAGUUCAGUUCCACCCCCAAUGUCUGGUGGGGGAGGCAGAGGAGGAGGAAGGGGUGGCUAUGGCAACCAAGGAGGCUAUGGAUCCCGUGGAGGUCACGGAAACCAAGGAGGCUAUGGAUCUCGUGGUGGGUACGGAGGUGGAAAUCGAGGUCACUCAAGAUCACACAAUGAUGGUAACAAUCAGCAGGGAUAUAACGGUGCUGGCCAGGGCUAUUCCUCCCAGUCAUCCCAUAGGGGUGGUCAAAGUUACAAUUACCAAGGGGGUGCACAGUCAUCUUACCCAAGCUAUUCCAGUAAUAGCAGAGGUGGUUAUCAAUCAGGCAACUCUGGUGGUGGCUACAAGCCUGCAGGGGGAUACCAGUCUUCAGGUUAUGAAUCAUCUAACCAAGGUGGUUACCAAUCCUCAAAUAAAGGUGGUUACCAAUCAUCCAAUGCUGGCGGCUAUCAGUCAUCAAACAAUUACCAGGCCUCAUCCAGUAGGGGCUCUUUCAGGGGAAAUAGAGGUAACAACCAAAGUUACAACUCAAGGCGUUAGGAAAUAUCCUCAAAGUCAGACUUUUCAGACUUGUCUCUAACUUUAUCAAAUUGAGUUUUUUAUUAUAUAAAUUUAGAUUUAUUUAAAACAUAUAUGUUAAAAUUCUUUGUACUGCUUUCAAUGUUACAUGACUUUGUAUGUAUGUUUUGACUGCUUGCAUUUGACCUUCAAAGUGCAAAUGGCAGAUGAUUAUUGUGAAAUUGUUCAGUAUACAUCAUUCUAAACUGAAGUCAUUGAGACUCCUGUAUAUAUUUUGUAAUGUAACUUAUAUAUCAUGUACCUGGUCUCAACAUCAAUCUGAUGUUAUUUGUCAAUUUAGUCUUGUUGAACCUGAUUGGCCUGUGAUGUUUAUAACUUUUUCAAUGAUAACUAUCUAUCAUUCCAAAUGCACCCCCAGGUAGCAAGGCCUGCAUUUCUUGGGCAUUUUAAGCGCAUUUUAGGCGCAUCAAUGCGCCUUCAAAGCACGGCUCUGCUACCUGGGCCAAUCACAGUUUGAAAUCUUGUGUUAAAUUUUAAUCGAUACCAAGGUUUCUAACUGAGAGAGCAAUCAUGUAAAAGAAAGCACUUGCAUAUUAUCAAAUAUGCAUACCAUAGUUAGUGUUAAUUUAAUAGCAUGUCCCAUUUAACUAUGAAUUGUUAUGAGACAUUUUCGCUAAGAUAGUGUAAUUGACUUUUUAUUCAGUGUUUUCCUAACAAGCCCAAUUUACGGUUUCUAUGAAAAUGAAUAUUUUCUCAUGACGUAGUAUUCAUCUUUUUUUAAAAAAAAAAGCUUGCUGAACUUUUGGAGACAGUGAAGCUACUGACAUUCAAAAUGCAUGAUCUAUUAUAGUGUUUUUUUUCUGGUUUGCCUAAGAUAUCCUGUAUACAGACUGCAAUUUCUUUCAAUCUUUCUUAUUGGCUUUUUCUUGGUAUCAACCUUUUGAGUUCUAUUCUUCAAGGAAUGUGUUUGCUAUGAAAUACCUCUUUUCUUUUUUAACCAUUGUAACGAUCUAUAGGUUUAGAGAUUCCUUUUUUUUAGAUACAUUUGUUUGUAAGAUCAUGCAAUGAAAAAAAAUUAUAAAGAGGAAUAGAUACAGACUGGACCAAAUAGCUUGCUCCUUUCACAUGCACCUAUAACCAUGUAGUCUGCACCAAUGCUGAAUAAAAUGCAUAACAAAAGCUGAA